AUGAGUUCUUUCUUUUACAACCAUUCUUCGCCGGACUUCUCCUCGGAAAUCUCAUCCAGCUCGCCUGAGUACUCUUCCUCCAGUUCCCAAUGUAAUUAUUCCACCACACAUGAUCAGUAUCACCACUAUCUUGAUCUUCCCUUCAACGAAAAUGACUCCCAAGAGAUGCUUCUCUUCGGAGUUCUUGCCGACGCUGAACCUCCACAUGAUCCAAAAAGCCACAUUCAAGUGGAAGAGUGUCUCGGUCCGGAGAAGGAGUGUAGCUACAGAGGCGUGAGGAGGCGACCAUGGGGGAAGUACGCGGCUGAGAUACGUGACUCCACACGAAACGGGGUUAGGGUAUGGCUGGGGACAUUUGACACGGCGGAGGAGGCGGCUCUGGCGUACGACCAAGCGGCGUUCGCCCUCCGUGGUUCUGCGGCGGUCCUUAAUUUCUCGGAAGAAUUGGUUUAUGAAUCUUUAAGAAAGAUGGGGUACAAAUACGAGGAAGAUAGUUCGCCGGUAUUGGCACUAAAGAAAACACACACCAUGAAGAGGAAAUCGACGAUGAAGAAGAAGAAGGAAAAGGUUGAAAACGUCGUCGUUUUGGAGGACUUGGGUAGGGAAUACCUUGAAGAGUUAUUAGGUUUAUCUGAGUGA